CUCGCGUUGCCGCAGCUUGGUUGGUGGGACUGGGAAUGCGCUGCCUCCACAUCAUCACUCCCACUCUAUGUAUUUUUGUAAACAAAAAAAAACUCCAAAAUCUAAUUUAAAAAUGCAUCCAUGCCAGAAAAAAAAAAAAAAACAAAUUGCAUAUAGAAAAAUAUGAAUAAAUAUGCAAAAAUAAUAAAAUAGCGCUUACCGCUUAACAGAGAGUGAGACAGCAUUGCGCUUGACAAUUUCUCUUUAUUAAUUUUUCUGAGUGAAAGGAAAACUGAUUUGAUUGAAUCAACAGCGGUUGGAGGUUGAGAAUGGAGGCAGGAGUUGCAUGCAAGUUAAAGUAUCCGACAUGGACUGAGUCGGAAAGGUUUGGUAGAAAACCACCCAGUUCUUUGCGGUUCGCUUGGAGAUUAAGGGAAGACCAGAAGGUUCGGGUGGUUGUUUCGGCUCACUUUCCGGUUCAGACAUCAUCUAAUCGCCAUAGAUCGCUUUCUUUCGAGGUUUCCUGCUCUUCUUAUAACAACUUUCCAGCUUCAACAUUGGAAACUGGAAGCUUUCGUGCGCCUUAUGAUGAAGCUUUAAAGUUAGAGAAUAAGUCACAAGAGAUUGAGCCUUAUUUAAAUGGGCACAGUAUAUAUCUUGUUGGGUUGAUGGGCUCUGGAAAAACAACAGUGGGAAAAAUUCUGUCUCAUGUACUCAGUUAUUCAUUUUAUGACAGUGAUGCAUUGAUUGAGGAGGAGGUAAAUGGAAUGUCUGUAGCUGAAAUGUUUAAUCUUCACGGGGAGAGUUUCUUCAGAAAAAAGGAGACUGAAAUAUUGCGGAGGCUCUCUUCAAAGAAACAACUUGUUGUUUCUACUGGCGGAGGUGCAGUUGUACAAGAUGAGAACUGGGACUAUAUGCAGAAGAAGGGGAUUAGUGUCUGGUUAGAUGUACCUUUGGAAGCCUUGGCACAGAGAAUUGCUGCAGUAGGUACCCAUUCUCGCCCCCUUUUGCAUUAUGAACCUGGCGAUCCAUAUACAAAGGCUUUGAAGCGUCUGUCUUAUCUUCUGGAACAGAGGGGUAAAAAUUAUGCUAAAGCAAAUGCCAGGGUUUCCUUGGAAGAAAUUGCAGGCAAACUAGGUUGUGGAGAUGUGUCAGAUCUUACUCCAACAGAGAUUGCAAUUGAGGCAUUGGAACAAAUUGAAGGGUACCUAAGGAAGGAAGGUGGCAUGACCAUUGUAGGAUUAUAGUUUUGACAAAGCUCUAAAUAUGUUACUUGAAUUUCAUGUUAGUUGUAGCAUAGCAUGUCAAAUGUUCCUCGUUCUUUUCGGUGACCACUGUACCUUGUAGUGUAUUUGUUUACACAAAUAAGUUGUGAAAUUCCCCACGUAUUGUGCUAUUGACAUGAUGCUGAUUCACGAUACGUAGUUUCAUUGAGGCAGACAUUCUAACUACAUUUUGCAUACUUAGUUACCAAACGCUGUAAAAACUGGGCUCCGAGAAAAACGUUGACCAGCGAUUGUCCGUUGAACUUUAGCUAAUGGACAUGCUGGAAAACCAUUUUUCUCCCCUGCCGUCUGAUUUUCAUGGAUGGUAUGUGCACAUAGCCUCCAGCUUCUCUAAUACUUUGUUUGAUAUGAGAGAAAAACAAAAAUUGAUGUUAUGAUAGACUUUUCCAUUAGCAUCAUAUAAUAUGGUCAAUUACACUGAAGGACACAAGGCCUCGAGAACUAAAAAAAAGCCACCGAGGCUUUGGUUUAGUGUCGAAAGCGAAGUUUUAGAAGUAUGAGAUUUUAGAUUUUAAAGUUUAUUGUGUG